AGUGAGUAGGAGGGUGGUUGAAUAAAAAAGCAAAUAACAGAGAGGGAAGUGAAGUGUAAAAUAGCGAAGCAAAAGUCUCGUUUGCAGCACGUGCCAAAAGGCAUUUAUUUGCCAGAGAAUAUCUCUCGAGUACUCGUAGUGUCUGCGCAGUCUCAGCAUACGCGGCGAACUGCAGUAUUAUCCGUGCGCCAGGCACCGCAGCAGGAACAACAGGACAACACAACGAGCCACAACGAAUCCGCAUUAGAUUUCACACACAACUCAUGGUGUAAAUAUUUGCAGCUGCAGCAAUCAAUACAGCGAUGAGUCCAAUGUCGGAUGCCGCAACAGCUGGAUAGGAUAGAGUUCAAGCAGAGUCAGCUUUGAAAUAGUAAUCAUUGUCAUUGGUCACACUUGAGAACUAUCGGCAGAAGAGGCCGACUGCAUGUUAUGGCUGACAAACGUUUGCUCUGUGACACCGCAGAGACGGAGCGGCUGGUCGUGCACAUGGCCAAAGGUUCAAAGGUUCGAUCGAUGCCUUGGAGCUGCCUGCUGCGCAGGAAAUCGCUACUCGGACUUAUUGUGGCGCUGAUCUUCUGCUACUUCCUCAUCGGUCGGCCGGAGUGGGUGAAUGUGCUGGACAUAGAUGCGCUGCACAACGACAACUACUACACGGUCCAUCAUGUCUCCGAUGUGCCUGGCAUGGAUGAGCUGAUUGAAAAUGUUCCCUUUGUGCCGAAAGGCUUCCUCGUGUACAGCAAUUCCUGCCAGAUCAAAGAGGUAGAUCCGUACAAGGCCGAAGUCAUGCGCCACUUUAAGCGCGUCAAGUACGUGCCCUGCAAAAAGCUGCCGCCCCUCACCAAUGUGCAGUUCAAUGAGCAAUCCCAGAGCUAUGUGCUCAGCAUCAAUGGCACAGCCUUCACGCGCUACAAUGUGGGCUCGUCGAUCCAUUGCUGCUAUAUGGAGGUGCACCGUGUGAACGAGACCGAGGUGUCAUAUUCCAAGUGCCAGCGCUUCAUACACAAGGCAGUGCUGCCCAACGCGGUCGAAGGGAUCAUUGUGAAGUGCACUUCGGAUGCUGGGGAGAUCUACAUCAAUGGCCAUGCCACGAUACCCGUGAAGAAGUCCGUGCAGCAGCGACUGAAGAAAAAGGAGCAGCAGCGGCCACCCAGCGUGCUGAUGCUCGGCAUUGACAGCAUUUCGCGUGCGAAUCUCAUACGUGCCAUGCCCAAGACAGCGCAGUAUUUGUACGACAAUGGAUGGUUUGAGCUGGCGGGAUACAAUAAGGUGGAUGACAAUACAUUUCCCAACAUCAUGGCCCUGGCCACUGGCUAUGAUCUGAAGAGCGCGAACAAGGAGUGCUCCCCGUACGAGGUGGGUGGCCUGGAAAAGUGCAGCUUCAUCUGGAAUCUGUACGAGCAGCAUGGCUAUGUGACAGCCUACGGGGAGGAUGCCAUCAAGAUCAACACUUUCAACUACCUCAAAGAGGGUUUCGUCAAGCCGCCAGUGGACUACUAUCUGCGGCCAUAUCUGACCGCUGCUGAGGACAAGCUGCAGCGCACGAUAGUCAUGGGAUUGCCGCACUGCCUGGGCUAUGAGACAGCGGCGGAGCAUGUGUACGACUAUGCGCUGGAGUUUACGCGUCGCUUCCUGAACGACACCUACUUUGGCUUCUUCUGGACGAACACGCACAGCCACAGCGACAUCUCGCAGACGAGCAGCAUGGAUGCGUACAUGGUGCGGUAUUUGGAGCGUCUGGUGCGCCAGGGCACGAUGGACAACAGUGUGGUAGUGUUCUUCAGCGAUCACGGGCUGCGGUUUGGACCCACGCGCAGCACCUGGUCGGGGCAUCUGGAGGAGCGACUGCCUGCGAUGUUCAUAUGGCUGCCAGCAGGUCUGCGGCAGUCACAGCCACAGCUCGUUGAAGCGCUGCGCCUGAAUCGCAAUCGUCUGACCACGCCGUAUGAUCUACACAUGACACUGAAGCACAUACUCGCCAUGUCCGGGCGAACGAAUGGCCUGGAGUCGCUGGGAACAGCGCCCUCCUGCCCGCAGUGUCAGAGUCUGCUGUUGCCCGUGCCGGAGCAACGUUCCUGUGCGGAUGUGGGCAUCGAGGAUCACUGGUGCACCUGCUGGUCGUAUGACAAAAUCUCCACCAGUUCCAAGGAGACGCGACUCCUAGCGAUGCGCGUUGUCAGCCACAUCAAUCAGUUUGUGCACAGCUUCCGCAACGGAACGCUGGCCAAGCUCUGUGCGCCGCUCACGCUGUCCGUUGUCAAGUCCGCCUAUCAGGCACAUCGCAAUGCCCUCGAUCCGGAGAACAUGCGAACGGUGCGCCUGACGUUGGUUGCAUCGCCCAGCAAUGGCUUGUUCGAGGCCACGGUGCGGCACAAUCAGACGGACAACAGCAUGACGGUGACGGGUUCUGUCAGUCGCCUCAACAUGUACAUUAACGAGUCCGAUUGCAUACAGGAUUCGGCUGCCAAGAAAUAUUGCUAUUGCUGGAAGCACAAAAAAGGAUAGUUUAGAAAGGAGGAGACUUAAAUAUAUUCAAGCUAGCCCCAAGUGCCGUUAAACAGAUUCGAAUCUGGUAUAUUACCUGAUAAUACACAUGUACAUAGAUUGCUUAAGCUAGUCGUAGUUGUCCUAGCCCCUUUGGUGGGUUUCCAUUGUACAUAUAUAUAGUCCAUGUAUAUAUAACUAUAUCUUUUUAGUAGAUUGAUUCUCCUGAAUUAUGCUCUUAAGUGAAUCUCUUGCCAAACUAAACUUAAUUUUAUAAGCAGUUAGAAAUACUCGUUGGAUGUUUGUGUCUCGUUAGUGGCUAAUAGCGAGUGUCUACUGGCUGGUAGUGUCUUUACUCUUGUUACUCUUUGUUAAUAGUCCAAUUUCAUAAAUUAAAAGCGAGUCUCAAAUAUAUAUGUAUAUCAAAAUA